AUGGAUCUUUCCUCUUUUUCGACGCAUCUCACAACUUCUUCUUCCCUUGCCUUUUCGGCUUCGAAGGACCGUAUAAGCGUUACAAGUUAUCAUCCAACAGAAGGUCCCGGAAUAUUUUCUAGAUCAAUAUCCAAUAAUUUGCUUUCAGAAAUUUCCUGGACCAGGUUCCCAUCUUAUGUUUCUAAUGUAUGGUGUAUCACGACUCCAUCGAUCUCUACUAAUUCUUCCCUAUUGGUGGCUGGCACUGAUGGGAACAUUAAAAAUCGGAAGAGAAUUCAUGUUUUAGAUGUUGAGCGAGCAACGUUUGUUCGGGGCAUGCAGUUGGGAAAUACUUGCUCCGAUGUUCUGUCCUUGUGCUCUGUAAGCUCCGAAACGAUCUUUGCUGGCCUUCGAAAUGGCAACCUUUUUUCGAUUGAUUUAAGAGAACCACGUCGGUCUGGUGGGUUUGUUUCCACUGCCCUUCACGCAGGGAUCAGUUUCAUUUUAAAGCCAACCGCCUCUGAUUUCAACUUGGUCAUUGGAACGCUGCAUGACCAACUGUAUUUAUUUGAUUCCAGAAGCUCUUCGCAACCAGUAUUUCAAUACGAGGUUCCCAAUUGUUCUUUUAUCCCAUCGCUUUUGCCAAGGGUCCCAUUAGCCACUCUGGGCGCAUAUGGAACCCUUUUGCAUGUUGUUGCCCCUUUAUCAAAGCCUUUGUCUUUGCUCUCGUUCCUAGUUGAUUCGCCAAUUUCAAUCGGCUCAAAGCUCAUUGGUAAUGUCUCUCAGCGAAGCAGCGAUGACGAUGAUCAUGACCAUCGUCGCCAUCAUAUCGAGCCAUCAUAUUCCCAAUUAAUUUGUUAUGAGGAGAGGCCAAUUUUAUUGUGA